AUGUCUACUCUGCUUGAUCUAUUCAACACCGGCACGUGCCUGUGUCUAUCUCUAGUUUGGUUACAAUUGAGCCUAGUAAAUAUGCUGCUGGAUUACCUAAAGACUACAGUACCUCUGUCACUGGUACGCCAACGCCAACUGGAUGAGACUGAGGAGACCAUGCAGGGAGAAUGCACUUUGGGUGCCAUCAGUGUCUGGAUGCUGUUCUCCUGAUUCCCAAACAAGAGUAUGUCGAAAAGUACUUAUUCUCCUUCUAAGCUUUAUUUAAUUGUAUACACAGAAUUUACAGAAUUUAUU